AUGGAACCGGGGGAGAAAGUAUUAUCAGAUGUUCAUUUAUAUCACACGUGCGAGUGCUUGUCAACCAAAGAAAGUAAUUCUGUAACAAGAUUUGUAAUAAAAUUACAAUCAAGUGACACUGAUGAGAUAGGAGAUAAUGCUGUAAGUGCUGAUCAGGACAGUGUUGAUAAUACAGGACACAGAGAGGUGAUAACAGAGACACAACACAUUCCAUCAUGUCUAGAAGUUGAUGAGGAUGGUGACCUUAUUCUUCAGAGGGAUGGAAAUUCUUUUAACAGUGAAGACACAGCAGUGAUUACCCUGGAACACAGUCUUGCAACAGAAUUACAAGAUGUCGGUGAACAGGUGUGGGCAGGUGCCUUGCUGCUUUGUGACUUUCUCCUCCAUCACGAGACUGACUUCUGUCAAAAGUCUGUCCUUGACCUUGGAGCAGGUACAGGUCUGACAACGAUAGUAGCAGCCAUGUUAGCUAAAACUGUUUACUGUACAGAUGUGGGAGAAAGUGUGCUCAGAAUGGCUCAUCACAAUGUAGAGAUAAAUGCUGACCUCACAUCAAACUGUCAUGUUGUAGUUCGGGAGCUAGACUGGUGUAAAGGCCUUCAUGUACAAGGUAAAGGAAACUUUAGACUGAGUGAGGUGGACAUCACAGAUAUUUUACAAGCCGAGGUUAUCAUCGCUGCUGAUGUAAUCUAUGAUGAUGAUCUGACUGAUGCCCUGUUCAAGACGAUACACCUGCUGCUGUCAAAGGGACCACCAAAAACAGUGUAUAUGGGACUAGAAAAGAGACUGGUAUUCACUUUGUCUGAUCUGGAUGUAGUCUGCCCUGCCUACACCCACUUCUAUGAAGGCUUAGUUAGACUGCAGCAGCUUGGUUGUGAGGGGAGACAGUUUCACUAUUUUCGGUUAGAUGAAGACUUGCCUAUGUACCUCAACUACAACAGGACCAAGCAAUUGGAAAUCUGGGCAAUACAGUCUGUUAUACCAAAUGGAUGACUGUGCCACGCCAAAUCACUGGGUAUAUACAUGGCCUGUUUAUCAUGAGAGGCCAAGAUUCAGCAGAGGUGUUGUGAAAUCUACAAUCCACGUUCAGAUCCAAUGCUUGAAAGCAGUACCAGCGUGUACACUACAGGCCUUGAUUCUACUCAGUACAAGCAUCCACUGAUUGAACAGAAAGGAUGGAAAUGGUGAAAAUGAUUAGCAGAUAAAGGUGUAUUACUGUUUAAAUUGUUGUCUUUGCCCCCAUGUGGAACUUUAUAGAUUUACAAUGAUAUAUGAACCGAGAAGGCAGUAACGUCCCACCUGACAUUUCAGCAGGUUUUUUUGUCUGUUAGGAGGUGAACAAGGACAAACAUGUUGAGGGAAAAUUAAUUCUAUUUUAAUGUUUUGUUAUAUCACUAAAAGACGACACAU